UGCAAAGCCCAGGAGCAUUGGGCAAUUGUGGUUUCCUCCAGGCACGCAGGACCCAGCCGUGCCAGCCCAGUCCCAGGCAUCUUGGGGCCUCAUCUGCUCAGGCAUGGAGGACACAGUUGUGAGGCCCUCAGUGUUCGUGGUGGACGGACAGACAGACAUCCCGUUCACGAGGCUGGGGCGCAGCCGCCGGAGACAGCCCUGCAGUGCCGCCCGGCUGGGCCUGGGCCUCCUGCUGCUGCUGCUGGCGGCCGGGCUGGCCGUCCAGGGCUGGUUCCUGCUGCAGCUGCACUGGCGCCUGGGGGAGAUGGUCGCCCCUCUGCCGGACAGAGAUGCAGGAUCCUGGGAGCAGCUGAUGCAAGAGCGGAGGUCCCACCAGGCCAAUCCAGCAGCACACCUCACAGGAGCCAACUCCAGCUUGACCGGCACAGGGGGCCCACUGCUGUGGGAGACGAAGCUGGGCCUGGCCUUCUUGAGGGGCCUCACCUACCGUGAUGGCGCCCUGGUGAUUGUCCGGGCUGGCUACUAUUACAUCUACUCCAAGGUGCAGUUGGGAAGUGUGGGCUGCUCACAGGUGCAGGGCAGCGGCCUGCCCAUCACCCACGGCCUCUACAAGCGCACGCCCCGCUACCCCGAGGAGCUGGAACUGCUGGUCAGCCGGCAGUCACCCUGCGGACGAGCAACCAAUGCCCGCGUCUGGUGGGACAGCAGUUUCCUGGGUGGAGUGGUGCAUCUGGAUGCCGGGGAGGAGGUGGUGGUCCGCGUGCUGGAUGAGCGCCUGGUCCGACUCCGAGACGGCACCCGGUCCUACUUCGGGGCGUUCAUGGUGUGAAGGCAGGAGUGAUGGUGGACUGAACGGGGGUCUGACAGGCAGAGACCUCGGGGGGCACCUCAGGAGACAGAAAACCCAAAAAGCAGAGAUUCUGAAGAGUGCUCCGGGGAACCCGAAACUCAGCAGGUGGAGAGCACAGUGGGCACCACCAGGGGCCAAGAACCCAGCCACCCUGAGGGGCUGAAGAUCCUGCAAGCACCUUCUAGGACCAAACUAAACUGCAGACCCCACCGUGGGAAACACUGAAGACAAAGACCCAGAGACUGGAGGGUCUGGAGGCCCCCAAGUAGGGGGUAGAACUGAUCUGCCUGAUAUUCAGGAAGAAGGGGUGAGGGGUGGGUAUUUAUACUUUUGAUUCAGAAAAAAAGUGGGACUUGGGGGGUCCAGGGACUUGACCGAGAACAGGAAAUUUAUCACCCUCUCCACUCUCACAUGAGUGGGCAGGGGGGAGAUUUAUCAUCAGGACUCAUCCAUGUGGAGAGCCCAGCCCGGCCCCGCCCACAGUCAUAGUCACAUACUCAAGUCCCACUCACGAGCUUGUGGCCACACCUGGGCCAGCCACGAAAAGUUACACUCAGAGACACAGGCACAGGGAAGUGCCGCUAAGUGUUUAACAGCCAGCUUUCCCUGGAGGGGAGAGACUUCACAGAGUUUGCUGAUAUCCACAGUGUAACUAUUCCCACAAUGGCUGGUUUCUUGAUACAAUGUAUCAUCCACUCGCUGGCUGUAUCCAGGCACUGCUAAGCACUCACAUCCCAGUAGGGCACCACAGCGGUUUCAGCACCCAGGCCAGAGCCUGGUACACAGCAGGACCUUGGAAAAUGUUUACAGAAAGAAAGAAGAGAGAGGGAGAGACAGAGGAAGGAUGGAGGGAAGGAGGGAAGAAGGAAAGAAAGAAAGAAAAUACAUUCACACCUACAGCAUCACAGAGAAUCAUUCAGCUCCACAAUCUCAGACACUCUUUCACAUGCACAGAUUCAUACAUGCAAAGCAUCAGUUGCUCUCACAACCACACACAAGUCAGACAGCAUCGCAAACCCUCAGUCACAAGCACUGCAUGACAACCACACAUGACACAAUGACACACAAGUCAUCAUCACAGCCUCAGUCACCCACGCAGUGUCACCCACAUGUGACACACGGGUUUCGGUGCUCAUCACGUCGGACUUCCAUAUGCCACGUCAUGGUCAGACCCAUCUCACACACACACGGUGUUACAAUGACACACACAGACACACACAGCCUGAGGUUCCUCCCAGCCAAGGCAAACACAUCCUGGGGUGAGGACCGGACUUUGUCCAUAGCCCUGGGCCCCUUGACCACUGGUCUUGGAAAUAAAUGGCAAAUGUUGCA